AUGGCCAGCAAGGCGAAGACGGCCAAGCGGGCCGAGCGCCUGAAGAAGGCCAAGGCCGCAAAGGAGUCCAGCGCAGACCUCUCGUGGCAGAUCGACGACCUGCUCACGCUCUCGGACCUCUCGGAGGAGAACCUACUGCGCAGCCUCCACAGUCGCUACGAGCAUGACCUCAUCUACACGUUCGUGGGCCCGAUCCUCAUUAGCAUCAAUCCGUACCGGGUCAUCGACGACAUCUACUCGGACGCAACGAUGGAUCUGUACCACAAGACGAGCGGCGGCAGCAAACCGCACGUGUUUGCGACCGUCAAGACCGCGUACGAAGAGCUCGUCCUCUCGGACGUCGCCAAGCCCAGUGACCAGAGCAUCAUCAUCAGCGGUGAAAGUGGCGCCGGAAAGACCGAGACAACCAAGGUCAUCAUGCGCUACUUGGCGCGAGUCGCGAGCGGUCAAUCCUCGGGCGCCGCGACCGAUGGCUCGCUUGAGCAAAAGGUCCUCGACUCGAACCCGCUCCUCGAGUCGUUCGGUAACGCCAAGACGCUCCGCAACGACAACUCGUCGCGCUUUGGUAAGUUCAUCGAGAUCCAGUUCGACCACCACGGCAAGAUUGGCGGCGCCGAGAUCAUGAACUUCCUCCUCGAGAAGACGCGCAUCGUGACCCAGAACAUUGGCGAGCGCAACUACCACAUCUUCUACCAGCUGCUCGCGGGCGCCGACGCCGCGACGAAGUCGCAAUUGCACCUCACGCGCCCGGAGGACUACGACUACCUCCGAAAGAGCGAGUGUUAUGUCAUUCCGUCCAAAGACGACGAGCACGAGUUUGAGAUUACGCGUCGCUGCCUCGGCAACAUUGGCAUCUCGCAAGAGCUCCAGGACAAUGUGUUUGCGAUGCUGGCGGCGAUUUUGCACCUCGGCAACGUCGACUUCAAGGUCGAGCAAGAGACGUGCGUGCCACUCAACGCAACAACGCUCAAGACCAUGUCGUGGAUCGCGGACCUCCUCCAAGUGUCCAAGGAGGCGCUCCGCAACGCGCUCUGCAACCGACAGCUCUUUGUCGGCGGCAAAGUCAUCAUCCAGACACAGGACGCGAACCAGGCCCGUGACAAGCGUGACGCGCUCGCCAAGACUAUUUACUCAUCGCUCUUCCUCUGGCUCGUGACGGAGCUCAAUCGCACGAUCUCCGAACCGUCGCGCAAGUGGGGCUUCAUUGGCGUCCUGGAUAUCUAUGGCUUUGAGAAGUUUGACUGGAACACGUUUGAGCAGCUCUGCAUCAAUUUUACCAACGAGAAGCUCCAGCGGCACUUCAACCAGCACAUGCUCGAGGUCGAGCAAGUCGAGUACACGAAGGAGGGCAUUGACUGGACGCACAUCAAGUUCCAGGACAACCAGACGACGCUCGAGCUUCUCGAGGGCAAGCCCAACGGCAAGCCUGGCGUCUUCAUCGCGCUCGACGACGUCUGGCGUACGAAGGGCGAGGAGGCCAACCGCAAGUUUGUGAGUUACCUCCACGCGACGUUUGGCGGCAACGCAGGCCACGAAUCGUAUAUCCAGCCCAAGGUCGACGCCGCGUACAGCUUUGGCAUCAAGCACUACGCCGGUGACGUCAUUUACGACGCGUCUGGCUUCAACGACAAGAACAACGAAGAUCUGAACGACGACAUGAAGGAGCUCAUCAAGCAGUCGGGCAGCGACUGGCUCAAGACGAUCGUCGACAACAGUCUCCAGAGUACGGAGGCGGUUUCGCUGAGCGUCGGUGCGCAGUUCCGGUACCAGCUCCAAGAGCUGAUGGCAAAGAUCUCGGCGGCAACGCCGCGCUACAUUCGUUGCAUCAAGCCCAACGAGGAGAAGCGGCCGAUGGCGAUGGACGGCGCGCAGUGCGUGCGCCAGCUCAAGUAUUCCGGUAUGAUGGAGGCGAUCCAGAUCCGCCAAAAGGGCUUCGGCUUGCGCGAGGAGCACGACACGUUCUUUUACGACUUUCUCGCACUCGACCCGGCCGCCGAAGACAUCCACGAGCUCGUAGCGAGCAUUUCCGAGAUGCUCAACGAAGGCAAGGACCAGUGGCAGAUGGGCAGCACCAAGAUCUUUCUCAAACGGUCUGUCGCGGAGAAACUCAAGCGCCUCAAGAUGUUGCGCGAGAUCUCGGCCGCUCGCACGCUCCAGCGCGGAUACCACGUCUGGAAGCGCACCCAGUGCGCAAUCAAGAUCCAAAGCGCCGUGCGCUCGUGGCGGGCGCAGAAGGAGCUCGGACUCCUGCGGUCUGCGGCCUACACCGUCAUGAAGAUGGCCCGAGGUUUUGCCGCGCGCUCCAAGUACAAGCGCCUUAUCGUCGUCCACCGCGAGCGCGUCGCGGCGGCCGUCAAGAUCCAAGCGAUCGCGCGUGGGUUUGUGAUUCGCCAGCGCGACCUUCUGCAUCCGUUUGCGGGCUUGGGCGCCAAGGAGCUCGACGCGCGCAUUAAGGAAAUCGAGGCUGAAAUUGCGGUCGCGGCCAAGAAGAAGCAGUUUGACAAGUGCACGAGCUUGCAAAAGGACUUGGACGCGACGCUGGAGGCGCGUCGACUCGUGCGCACGCCCAAGGAAGUCGACGCCGAGAUCGCCGAGCUGCAUGACGAAAUGGACGCGCUCGCACGGCAGAAGAAAUACGCCGAGUGCUCGGCACUGCAGACCAAGUUGGACGCGCUCGAGGCCUUCCGAAAGGCAAUGCCCGAAGACCUCUCAGACCUCGAGCCCGUGGAGCUCGACGCGCGUAUCGAGGCGCUCAACGCGGAGCUCCAGGCCGCGAUGGCCAACCGCCAAUUUGACGCGUGCGGCGCGAUCCACGACCGCCUGGAUAAGCUUGUCGCGGUGCGCAAGACCAAGCAAACGCCGGCCGAGAUGGACAUCGAAAUUGCCAACCUCACGGUCGCGCUCCAAACGUCGAUGGCCAAGAAGCAGUUCGACAAGUGCGCCUCCAUCCAGGCGGAUUUGGACGCCGUGACUAAGCGCCGUGCCAAAGCCCAGGCGCUCUUGCCACCACCGCCACCGGUUGCGGCGCCCGUUGCUGCAGUCGCGACCAAGCCGACGACUGUUGUGAAAGCGACGACUGCCAAGGCGCCUGCCAAAACUGCGUCGGUCGCCAUGCCGCGUGCUGCGCCGUCGAUCUCGACGUCAACCGUGAGCGCACCAUCGAUCUCGGCACCGACCAUCUCUGCGCCAGUAAUCAGUGCACCGUCGGUGGGAGCGCCUACCGUGUCUGUAACGGCGCCGUCGGUCAGCGUCGCUUCCAAGCAGCAACCCACGAAGCCAGGUCUGCCAGCGGCGCCUAGCGCCACGGCGCUCGUGCCCGUGGGCUCGCAAGCGCUUGUGUCGCUCGGGUCGCAAGCCAUUGUACCCAAGAACGAACGUCCGCCGCGCCGCCCGCGCAGCAACUCCAACGACUCGAACGCGUCUUCGCAAGCGAUCUCUGUCGUUUCGCGCGCAUCCAAGGUUUCCAAGGCCUCGACGACAAAACCCGCAGCGAUCCAAGAGGCUGUGGAAGACAUUUCGCGCACGGUCGAGCGGCUCCGGCCUGCCAAGGCUGUGACUGUGCCGAAAACAAUGUCGGUCAAGGAAGCGGCAGGUGUCAUGAAGUCCAACCGCACAGCCGCCGUGCUCGUCGUCAACGACGCUGGUGGAUUGGAAGGUAUUCUCUCCGACACGGAUGUUACGCGGCGCGUGGUCGGUCCCGGUCUUGAUGCGUCCAAGACGGCUGUCGCGACAGUCAUGACGCCGCACCCGAGCUGCGUGACCUCGACGGAUAAGGCGACGCAGGCGCUCAACAUGAUGCUCCAGGGACGGUUCCGCCAUCUCCCCGUGAUCGACGCCAACUCGGGGGCCGUCGUCGGACUUCUCAAUGUGUCGAAGUGCCUCCAUGACGCGAUUCGACGCCUCGAGCAUGCACACACAAAAGCGCUAGCGCUUCAAAAGGACCUCAACGCGAGCGGCUCGGCCAUGGCCCUUCUCGCCCCGAUGCUCGAGAAGAUGUCGUCGCCGACCCUGUACGACGUCAUUGCGCGCGACACGCUUCCGCCUCUCGUCUUGGAAGACGACAUGCUCGAGGACGUGGUUGCGGCCAUGGCAUCGUCGCGCAAGGCUGCGCUGGUCGUCGACGAGGACAAGCGCCUUAUCGGUAUUCUGACGCCCAAGGACGUCAUGACGCGGGUGAUCGCGCCAGGCCUCUCGCUGACAACGACGCGUGUCUCGAAGGUCAUGACCGCCGACCCGGACGCCGCCGUGAGUGGUACGACGAUCAUGGACGCAUUCCACAUCAUGCACGACGGGCGCUUCCUCAACUUGCCGAUUGUCGACGAGAACGGUGUCGUCGCAGGCCUCACGGACGUUCUGAGCCUCGCCGUGCACGCCUUCUCGGCCGGCGACGAUGGCCACAUGCUUACGCAGUUUGUGCAAGCGUCUUUUCACCACGGAAGCGACCUCGACGAGCUCGCGAGCAACGCGAGUGGCGCGUCGGCGUUCUCGCGGUCGUCCAAGCUCUCGCGUCGCACGGACCGGUCGCUCACGUCCAAGCCGACGCCCGUUUCGAGCUUGCGUCCUGCACCCGCGCACACGAUUGUCGAGACGGCGUCCGUCGCAGACGUGUGCCAGCUCAUGCGCGCAAAGCAAACUGACGCGGUGCUCGUGGUUGCUCACGACGGCGGGCUCGUCGGUAUCAUCACGGACAACGACAUUUGCCGUCGCGUCGUGGCGCAAAAUUUGAACGCGCGGUCGACGCCCGUCUCGUCGGCAAUGACGGCCAACAUCAAGUACGUCGGGCCCGACGACUCUGCGCUCGAUGCGAUGGUCCUCAUGCACGAAGGUCACUUCCGACACCUCCCCGUCGUUGACCAGUCGAGUGUCGUCGGCAUUCUUAGCAUCGGCAAGUGUCUCUUUGACGCGAUCAAGCGCAUGGAGCAAGCCAUGAGUGCGACCGAGGCGCUGCAACAGUCGCUCGAGCAGCAGUUCAAGGGCCAGAUGAAAGGCAUGGUCGGAUCGCUGAUGGACAAGAUGUUCUCGUCGUCGCUGACCUUGUCGUCGCUGCUGCAGACGGACACGGGUGCACCGGCGCCUGUCGUGUCUCGGACGACCACCGUCGCCGAGGCCGUCGCGCUCAUGGCGUCGUCUCGAAAGGCUGCAAUUGUUGUCGAGAAUGGACGCCUCGUCGGUGUCUUCUCGCCAAAGGAGCUUGUGCUGCGUGUCCUUGCGCUUGGGAAUGACCCGACGAAAACGAUCCUUGGUGACGUCAUGCUCGUGGACCCCGAGGUCGGUCUUCCCGAUACGCAUGCGCUCGAGGCGAUGCAGAUCAUGCACGAGACCCAAGUGCUCAACCUGCCCGUCGUGAGCCCCACUGGGACGCUUGUUGGACUUGUCGACGUGCUCACGAUGAGCUACGGCUGCUUCAGCAUCGUGUACGGCGACAGCCGCGACAAGCUCGAGGAGUUUUGGAACACGACGUUUCAGCUCGAAGCUGCGGCACCGACGCCGCUUCUCACAGCGCCCGGUCACGGCGCCAACUUGGUGCAGGCGCAGCGCACGGUCGCGAGUUUGCGUCCGUCAAAGGCCAUGACGAUCCUCGACACAACGUCUGUGCGGGAGUGCGCCAAGGCCAUGGAGCGCCAGGGUGCCGACGCCGCGCUCGUCGUCUCGGGCGCGGGGGCGCUCGUUGGCAUUGUGACCAGCACGGAUCUCACCCGGCGCGUCAUCUCGCUCAACAAAUCGCCCGACUCGACGAGCAUCUCGGCCGCGAUGACGCCACAGCCGCAGUUCGUAACCGAGGACGACCCGGCCAUCGACGCGCUCUCGACGAUGCUUGCAGGCAAGUUCCGGCACAUUCCUGUGGUUGACAGCCAAGGCCUCGUCGUUGGUAUCCUCCACAUUGCCAAGUGCCUCUACGAUGCUAUUCGGAAGCUCGAGGCGACGACCAAGUCGCAAGCCAAGGAGCUUGCGGCCAACACGAAGCUCGUCAAGCGCCUCGGACCGAUGGCGCACCGCCUCUUCUCUCCCGACGUGCUAUCAAUCAUCGAGCACGACACGGUCGCAGCGCCGCGAGUGCUGCCCUACACGUCUAUCUUCGCGGCCUCCAAGCUCAUGGCCGAGACCAAGCGCGCAGCUUUGGUUGUCAACGAGCGUGGACACCUCCUCGGCAUGCUCACGCCCGCCGAGCUCUUGACAAACGUGCUCGCCAAGGGCCGACCCGUGCACACGACCGCUGUCUGCGACGUCAUGAUCUCGGCGCCGCAAAUCGUGUACGGUGCGACGUCAGUCGUCGACGCAAUGCAUGCAAUGCAUGAAACCAAGAGCUUGCAUCUUGCGGUGCUGCGCUCGUCGACUGAGCCCGAGGUGCUUGGUUUGAUCGACAUCCUCUCGCUGUCGUAUGGCAGCUUUGCGAAGGGCAGUCCGGCUGACUGGAAGGCGUUCUGGGAGUCGUCGCUCGAGGUGGACGAUGACGGGACAUCGUCCGUCAUGAGCAGUCAUAGCUUGCACUCGAAGAAGAGCUCGAUGCACCAAGGUGGCGGUGGCAAGAAGACUGCAUCCGGUGAUGUGCGUCCUGUCUCCAAGCUCCGCCCGUCGCCCGCGCUCACGGUCCUCGCUGACGUAAGUGUGCGGGAUGCGGCCAUGACAAUGAAGGCCGACAAGGCGGACGCUGCCCUUGUCGUUUCGCGUGAGGGUGGUCUGCUCGGCAUUUUGACUGACACGGACGUCACGCGGCGCGUUGUGGCCCUCGGCAACGACCCGGGCUUCAUCACAGUCGCGGACGCCAUGACCGCCAACCCGACAUUCGUCCAGGAAGCCGACAGCGCGAUGGACGCGAUGUUUAUGAUGCUUGAAGGCAAGUUUCGCCACUUGCCGGUCGUCGACGCCGACUUGCGUGUGAGCGGCAUGCUCAAGAUCCAAAAGUGCCUCUACGAUGCGAUCCGGCGCCUCGAUGACAACGCACGCGGCCUCAUGUCGCCAUCGCUUCAGUCGAUUCUCGAUGCCGACGCGCAGGCAAUGCCGCCGCUCUUGUCUGCGACCGACUCGAUUUUGCACGCGGCGCGACAGAUGGCGUCCAGUCGCAAGGCCGCGCUCGUGGUUAACAGCCAGCAAAAGCUUGUGGGCAUUCUUACGCCGAAGGACGUGCUCCUCCGCGUCGUCGGUGGCGGCCUCGAUGUGCUCUCAACACCCGUCGGCGACGUCAUGACCAAGAACCCCGAGGCCAUCGACCCGUCGCUCUCGGUUCUUGACGCGCUGCAUCUCAUGCACGAAAACAACUUUUUGAAUCUCCCAGUCGUGCAUGCGACGACGGGCAAGAUUGCGGGUCUCGUCGACGUUUUGAGUUUGAGCUACGGCAGCUUCUCGAAGGGCUCGGGUGAGUGGCAGACAUUCUGGGACCUCUCGCUCUCGGCUCCCGACCACGACGAGAAUGCGGAUGGCGGUAUCAAGGCUACCAGCAACGGCCCGGUGCCAACCGUCGCGGCGCUGCGCCCGUCCAAGGCUACAAUUCUCCCGGAAACGAUCACGGUCGCGGAUGCUGCGCUAAUUCUUCGCCGCGCCCGCGUCGAAGCGUGCAACGUCGUCAACGCCACGGGGCAGCUUGUGGGUAUUCUCACGGACACGGACGUGACGCGUCGUGUCUUGGCGCGCGAUAUUGAUCCUGAAACGUGUCUCGUCUCGACCGUCAUGACGGCGUCGCCGACCUGCGUCCGAAUGACGGACCCGGCGACGGACGCGCUCAACCUGAUGCUGCAAGGCCACUUCAAGCACCUCCCGGUCGUCGACGCCAACGGCGAGGUCAGCGGUAUGCUCGACAUCUCUAAGUGCCUCCACGACGCCAUCUCAGUCAUGGAGCGCGCGCAGACGUCAGCCGAUGCUUUCGCGUCGGAACUCCAGCGCGGUCUUGGUCACCAAGACACGGCAGCCAAGUGGAUCGAAGCGAUGCGACGCCCGACGGUCGCGAUGGCUGUCGAGAAGAACAUGCCGCCGCCGCUUGUCGGUGUUGACACGCCGGUGCGCGAAGCCGCCAAGAUGAUGGGCUCGUCCCGCACAGCCGCUGUCGUCAUGGACGGGGUUGACGUGAUUGGCAUGGUAACGCCCAAGGACUUGCUCCGGAAGCUCAUUGCGCGAUCGCUCUCGGCCGAGACGACGCGGGUUGCAGACGUCAUGACGCCGCACCCACUCACGAUGCCUCCCACGUCGAGCAUCCUCGAGGGUCUCCACGUCAUGAAGGAGACGCGGGAGCUCUUUGUGCCGAUUGUGGACCCAACGUCCAAGCGCGUCGUGGGCAUGGCCGACGUGCUCUGUCUGAGCUACUCGCAGUUCGCGUCGUCGGGUGACAACUCGCCCCAGAACGCGGCGAGCGAGUGGCGAACGUUCUGGCAAAGCGCGAUGGCGAUGCAAGAAGAGAUGGGCGUCCACGACGACUUUGACGACACGUGCUCAGUUGGGACCAUCGAAGACUUCGAGCGCACGGAAGCGAUGGCACCGACGAUGCCUGCUGUGACGAUGGCAAUGACGGCCUACUCGGAGCUCGGGGACUCGGUCUCAGUCAUCUCGGCCGACCAGACGAGCAUCUCGACCAACAUGGCUGGUACGUUCCUCUUCAAGGUCAAGGACCACAUGGGGCAUGUGCACCGUAUUCGGAGUCGACCGGACAGUCUCGAGAUGCUCAAGGGCGAGGUGCGCUCCAAGAUGACACUCCUCCCAAGCACCAACAUCCGCCUCAAGUACGAAGACGACGAAGGCGACCUUGCGGUUGUCUCCUCCGACGCGAGUCUCAUGGACGCUGUGCACAUGGCGCAAGAGAGCAAGUGGAAGUCGCUUCUCCUCGUUGUCGACGUUCUCGACGACCCCGCGCGCCGCAUCUCGACGGUACCCGAAGAGUACGAAGGCGGCGAGCGCGGUCUCCCCAUCGGCGCUCACAACGGCGCGAUCGUGCCCAAGAAGAAGACGUCGUCCAGCGACAAGUCGGUGCUCUUUGCCGGCGUCGGCGUCGCGCUCCUCGGCGUGGGUAUCGCCGCCAUGGCCUUCCUCAAGUCGUCCAAGUAG